UUUGAUUUCAGAUUAUGCAUAUUUCUUUCUUUGGCCAAUAGUUGCCCUUGUCACCGUCUUUCUCUUUUUUCAAGGAUUGCUUAAUAUUCGCUGCAAUAAAUUUGAUUGGUCUUAUGAAGCACCCUGUUAAAUUUUACAAUUAAUGUGAUUCUCCGUGUGAUUUGCGUCGUACUUAGUGAAAUUUGUGAUGGACUUGGAUAUUGUACUUCAGUUGUUCGAUAAAAUGUCUGAAUGAAUUUUAAUUGUUACACAUAUCUUUCCUAUUGUGUUCGAUUUUCCAUUUUCUACUGAUUAACUGUUGUGCUAGAGGAUUCUGUUAUUUCUUUUGGCCUUGAUAUUGUGUUGUUAAAGUUUGUCGCACGUUGGCUUUAAUAUAUACUGAUGCGAAUGAUCUUAUUCUCCAAACUGAGUGAUGAAGUAAAUUUCCAAUGGACUAAAAUUUUAGUUAUCAGGUUUCAUCUUCUUGAACUUAAGAACCUGCUAUGCCUCUAUAUUCCAAACUAUUAUAAUUGAUUUGUGAAUAGUUCUAACCCAUGAGAAGUCAUAGGAGAAUGUUUGUUCUGGCAAUGAAACUAGUUUUACGCACAUUACAUUGUUGCAAGUCAUGGGCUGGUCUGCUAUGAAGAUUCCUUAUGUCUGGCUUGGGCACUCCGGGAAAUUAUGUAGAAGGGAAAUAUAAAGUAUGGAAACCCAAAACAGUCAACAGCAAAAUCAACCAUCGCCUGCUGUUACUUCAUGUCGGAAGAAGAAGAAUGAAGAAGCCACUUUUAUGGAGGAUUUGAAAGAUCACAUUGAUGAAUUCAUUCAUGCAUCUAUGGAUGAGCACAAGAGCUGCUUUAAGAAGACCAUCCAAAAGAUGUUUGGAAUGUCGAAGAUUGUUGCAGAAAGGAGUGCUCAAGCCAAAGAAGUUGAAAGUUCUCUGCCCCUCCGCACUGUAGUGUCAGACUAGAGGUCCCCCUCCCUUUUUUGGGUUGCCUUGGCAUCUAGUCGUAGAACGACAUGGUUGCUAGCUAAAUAAUCGCGGUGUCUUCUGUAAGAUUACAUUACUGUUAUUCAAUUUGAUGUUAAACUGAGUCAAGUUUGAACAAGGUGUGUUCAACUGAGUUUCUGGUAAAUGGAGGGCUUUUUCAUGAAGCAAUGAAUUGGGUAAUUCAACUUUAACGAC